AUGCCUGGCUGGGAAUUGAUCGUUGGGUGUGUAGGAAAGCCCUCUGCUGGAAAAUCGACGUUUUUUAAUGCAGUAACCGAUGGUUCGGCAAAAGUGGGAAACUAUCCGUUCACAACAAUUGAACCAAAUACAGGUAUUACGUACUAUAUGACCGAUUGUCCUUGUAAAACGAAGGGACUCAGCAAAGAAUGUCAUCCCCUAUAUGGCUUCUGCAAAGAUGGUCAACGCCAAAUUCCUUUGAAGCUGCUGGAUGUCGCAGGACUCAUUCCAGGAGCUAGUGAAGGUGCAGGUUUGGGAAACAAGUUCCUCGAUGAUUUGCGUCAUGCUCAUGUUUUGGUGCAUAUCGUGGAUGUCUCGGGGAGAACAAACGAAAAGGGAGAGAACACAGUGGGAUACGACCCGUCUCGCGACAUCGACUGGCUCUACGACGAGAUCCACGCCUGGAUCUUCAACAACAUUUACAAAAAAUGGAGUGGGAUCAUCCGCAAGUACAGCACGUUCUGCAACAGCGAGAAGCCCAAAGGUCUUGCGGAGCUCUUGCAGCUGCAGCUUUCCGGCUACGGAACGACUCCCUCGCAGAGUGCAGCGAUCGUCCGCUACCUGAACCUGAAAGAGCCAGUCGACCUAAACAGCUGGAGCGCAGAUGAUGUGCAUCGCCUGGUCGAUGCCUUCAUGUACAUCCGCUUUCCGAUCGUGGUGGCGCUGAACAAGGCGGACUGCAAGGGAAAGACGGACGACAACAUCCUCAAGAUCAUGAAGCGGUACAACAAAGACAACGUCGAUUGGAAGUCGAGGGACCAUUUGAAGGUCCGCGACAUCGUCGUGAUCUCCGCGGCCUCCGAGUGUUUCCUCAAGAAACUCGCUGCGCAGAAGUAUAUCACGUACAACCGCGGGGAUACGAUGUUUUUAACGCGGGAAGACGAGAUGGAGGCGACGGGGAAAAGCAAACUGAAGAAAAUCGACGCCACGGUGUCGGACCGGCUGGAGAAGAUCAUGGACAUGGUGCUGUUUCGGUAUGGAUCGACGGGAGUGUGGAAUGUUGUGACUUCCGCGGUUAAAUGCAUGAAUCCGACGAUUGUGUACCCGGUGACCUCGAUGACGACGUAUAAGGGACCGCGAGGAGGCGUGUUCUCGACGUGUUAUGUGCUGCAUCAGCACGCCACGGUGGAGGAUCUGCGAAUGUUGCUGGUGAAUGCGGAGAAUAUUCCGUGCGUGUCGAUUGAGGCUGCGGAUGGAAGGGUGAUGGGAGAGGAGGACGAGAUUGAGAACAACUCGAUUGUAAAGAUUAACACGCGUAGUAACGUUGAUUUUAGUGUUUGUUAUAUCAAAGGGGUUUCAUCGACCAGACUAUACUGA